UUCGCAGAUAUCAGGUCUAACACAAUCGAGCAUGCUGGAAAAUUUUACGCUAAGCCCAGUACUUGUCCGAGUCGACGGAUCCGAUAGUAGCUCAAGAUCUGAAGCUCAUGUGUGAUUAUAUAUUGACCCAACAGCCAUCAAACUCUAGCACUGCGUCUCCCCAGUAAUACCAUAUACCGAAACCCACACCCAUAGCAACAUACUCCUUCUCCACUCACAAUGAUCACCAACCCCACCAUACCCACAGAUUCUCUCGUCCUCGUGACCGCCGUCAACGGCUUCAUCGGCGCCCAUAUUGCCUCCCAGUUUCUCACGCACGGCUACCGUGUUCGCGGUACGGUACGAUCUCUCUCCCGCUGCAAAUGGAUGCUCUCACACUUCACCGCCCUCCACGGCGCCAACCGCUUCUCCCUCGUCGAAGUCACCGACGUACUUGUCCCAGGUGCCUGGGACACAGCCGUACAGGGCUGCGCCGGCUUCGUGCACGCCGCCGCGAGCGUCGACAUGGCGAUCCCGGACGCGCACGCACACAUCGCAGAAGCGGAGAAGGGCGCGAUCGAAGCGCUUGAGGCUGCGCGCAGGGCCGGUGUGCGCGCGUUUACGUUUCUGAGCUCGAGCUGGACGCUGUAUACGCCGCCGUUCCGGACCGUGGGGCCGUUGACGGAGGACAUGUGGAACGAGGAAGCGGUGGCGCUGGCAUGUAGUGGGAAAUCCGACGAGGAGAAGGGCAUGGCACCGUUUAUGGCGGGCAAGGUGCGUGCGGAGCAGGCUUGUUGGGCGUGGGUGAGCGCGAAUCAGCCUGGGUUUACAUUUAAUACGAUUCCGGUUUCGACGACGUUUGGGCCAUUGGUGAGCGCGCGGGAUCAGGCGUAUGGCACGACGGCGGGAUUUUUGAAGAAUGCAUUUGAUGGGGAGAACACGGACUUCUUGAAUUCGUUUCCGCCGCAGUUUUUUGUGGAUGUCAGAGAUGUGGGACGGCUUCACGUGGCAGGUAUCAUUGAUCCAAGCGCGGAUGGGAAGAGGAUAUUGGCAUUUGCGAGGGACUUUAAUUGGGAUGAUGUGUUGAAAACGUUCAAGGAGAAAGCUCCGGGGAAGGAAUUUGGGAUUCAGGGGUCAGAACGGGAUCUGGCCCAGGUGGAGAACAAGAGAGGGGAGGGCUUGCUUCAAGCGCUGGGAAGACCGGGUUGGGUACCCCUGGAAGAGAGUCUGAGUGACUGUGUAGAUGGGUAUCGUGAGGGUACAGAGUAGGAUAUUUAUAGGCCGCCAGACACUCCAAGUUACUCCUGGUAUCAUGGACUUACCUUACUCCACCAUCCCUCGUCGUCACAAACGCCUCACGGAAAAGAUACGUCCUGAAGCUCGUGUCAUCAAUGAUAUUGUCCUCAUCAGUAGCAAUUAUGAUUGCAGCUUCAGGCGCCAUGACCUUUGCACUCAUUGCCUCCAAAUGUGGCUGAUCUCGUAGCACAAUUUUUGCGAUUGCGCCGUAUGCGCUGUCUGACGGCUCGCGUGGAGCCAUAGGAGUGAUGUAGUGCUUGUCAUGCUCGAGUGGGAAGCCCUCGCCGGCGAUAGAGCGGACGAGAGUCAGGAGAUUCUUCUUCCAGUACUCUGGGAACUAAGUGUUCUGAAGUAUGACUUGCUUGCUAUCCCACAAUGGCACAAAUUGGCAUCAUU